UAGAAUCUGAGAAAGCAGCUAAGGACUUAGUGAAGACACAACUGAGAAAGACGAGGAGGAGCCUUGCUGAAUCCUGCACCAAUGAGGAAGUGGCCCUGCCCAGAAAGGGCAGAGCCCCUGUGAAGCUUGCAAAGCAGUCGUCAAUAAGAGAACCAGAAACGUCACAAAAUGUGUGCGCCCAAUCAGUGAGGCCUAUAUUAUCCCCCUACGACAAAAAGUCCCCAAGCAUUCUGAGCCUGCGGCCAAUGCCUGUCGUGUCAUUUUGCAGCUUAGUACCAGAAUACCUCCUGCACCAGGAAUCCAAGAGUGACAGCAAAUGUGUACAGUCACCGCCAGAAAACAGCUUGGGACAAACUGUCAAAUAUAGAAUCUUUAACAUUGACUGCUCAAGUGAACCUGAUAAGGAAAGAUAUCCAGUUUGCAGAAACGUGCUACCACAUGUCAGAGAUCCACUUCUAAAAUUUAGAAACAGAAACCAGAAUUGUGAUGUCUCUAGACUACUGAGGAAUGGGGAUGAAAACUUCUACAGAUUAUCCAUGAAAUAUCCCUCAGUUUAUAGCGUAGAAGAAAAGACUCCAACAAUACCACGGUCCAGAAACACACAACAGAAGGACUCACAGACUGGUGGAUCAUUGGAAUGCAAACUGCCAGUGUGGCCUCAACAUCACCCUGAGGUAACGCGGUAUCACAGCUUCAGAACCGUUCCACUAAAACUUGUCAAAUCAGAGAAGAGAUCCAGCAUGGCCGGCUCUGUAGUUGGAAACCUUCAUAAAGAUGUCCUGGCCUUGCCCGGAGAAAUAGGAAACCCUUUCCAUUUACCACUUGCUUCAAAUAAUAUGCGUGUUCUACAGAGACUCAAGCUGCACCAAUAAUAUGACUUUUAAUGAAGCCAAAUAAUCUUUAACUAUCAGAGGUCAAAGUCUUUGGUGGAAGAAGCCAUCUUUUUGCACAAUCUAUGCGGUUGAUUAGGUGUCCGUACACAGUUGGCUGCCCAGUGAGGAAAAGAGGGAUGAACCUCUCAUUGGCUGCUAUUUAACAUUACCCUGAGACUCUUAGCUUUGCACUCACAUUUCCAUGGAUAUAUGGAGGAUAAAGGUGUAACAUGAUUGCAGAAUAAACCAAAUACUAAAGUGUGUUUUGGGGUUAAACAAAUGUUAAAGGGACAUUAAACACUAAAUAAAUGCUAGAUAGAAUGAUGCAUUCAAAGAACAGAUUAGUCUGAGAAUAACCUGCAGAUGGAUUUUUUUAGAGGUUUCAUUAGCUGUUUAAAUAGUGACAAAAUAAGUGUAAGGUUUUAGUGUCUAUAAAACAAUGGGAGCUGCCAUGUUGUAACUUAGGUUACCUUCUCUGCUGUGGCCAAUUAGGGACAGUUAUAAAUAGGUCACUAGAGUGUGCAGCCAAUGGCUGUGUGUUAUAUAACAGUGUUCUGCACUUCCAUUUCUAACAAGAACUGAAAAGCUCACAAUUUCAGAAUGGAAUUACAAGAAAAGGGGACAAAAUAAAUAAUGAAAGUAUAUUGCAGAGGUUUUUUUAUAGAUACAAUUUAUCAUUUUAUAUUACCAUCUCAAAGUGUUUAAUGUUACUUUAAAGGGCACAGAGAAACCACAUAUUGCUACAGAAGUUGAAAUAUAUUUUAAUAGGCAUCUCUAUUGUGAUGUAGGUAAUGAGCAAAGAGGAAAAUGUCCCUAUUUGACCCAGCUAGCAGUAGAUGUGGAGCCAACACAACAUGCUUUAUUGUCUUAUAAAUACCCUGAAGUUUACCUGAGGUCAGGUCUGCUAUAAAUUACCUCUACAGUACUCGCUUAUACGCAGACUGUACAUUUUAAAUGUAAUCGGACACCACAACAAUCUAUUUUGUGUAAUACAGAACAGCGCAGAGAGACAUAGCUAUCUUAAUGUCAUACAUCUUCUAGAGCAACAUGAGCUGGUUUACUACUCAGUGAAUGCUAGAGAAACAGGAAGUCAGUUUGUUAACCAUGCACUGAAGAGGCAGAAUGCAACUUUAAGGGAUAUGAAACCCAACAUUUUCCCUUCAUGAUUUAGGUAGAGCAUACAAUUUUAACCAACUUUUCAAUAUACUUCUAUUCUCUCGUUUGCUUAGUUCUCUUGGUAUCCUUUGUUGAAAAUCAUACCUGAGCUGAGAGCUAGCAGCUAAUUGGUAGCUGCACUUGCAUAUGCCUCUUGUCAUUGGAUUACCGACGUGUUCAGAUAGCUUCCAGUAGUGCAUUGCUUCUACUUCAAUAAAGGAUAUCAAAAGAAUAAAGCAAAAUCGUUAAUAGAAAUAAAUUGGAAUGUUGUUUAACAAUGAACACUCUAUCUGGAUCAUGAAAGAAACAUUUUGGGUUUCAGGUCUCUUGUAAUACGACAUCAAAAAUUGGAAGCGGCAAUUGGAUUCCAACAUUGUCAAUGCACCAUAGUGCUUCACUUGUAAUCUCGGCCUACAUUUAUAUUUUUGGUAAAAUUGUACACUUAAGUUGCACCAAAAAUCUAUGUAUUUUUGUUUUUUUGUAUAUAGUAUUACUUUCUAAAAAGCUAUUGAAUUAUAUGAUGAUUGACCGUAAUGUGUUUAAAUGUGUGAUGUAUAAAUAAAAAAAAAUGUAUAUUUCAA